CCAAACCAGUUUGAUGCAUCACGUGAUCGUGGUAUCGGUUUACAAGCCACUUGCCCUCAAACACAGGUGUGUCGGCUUGUGCGGAAGUAGACGAACGUUAAAUUAAAUUGGGCCUUUGGACAAAAUAGUUUACAGGCAUCGCAAGAUUUAGGAAGAAACACCGAGGGCUGCGAGUCAUUUUCCAAUCGCAAUGCUUGGACUCGUCUUCGCUGGGCUACUCCUGCUGCGCGCAGCAGCAACAGGAGCUCAGACCUUCACCGCCAGCACGAGCACCCCUUCAGUGAAAGUCAAGGAGAACCAGGGUGCGGACCUGAAGUGCAGCCACACAGCAGACUUUGGGGCGGAUGCCAGAGUGGAGUGGAAGUUCCAGGACGAUAAAUCCACACAGAGUCUCAUCAUCUACAGAGGGGAGCCGACAAUUAACUAUGCGGGACGAGUGGAGCAGUACACUGGCGGACUCCGAUUCAACAGGGUGACUCGUAAGGACACGGGCACAUAUAUCUGCACAGUGGCAGGCAGCGGGUACUCCUCCGAGGCCAAGAUCAGCCUGACGGUGCUGGUGGCUCCGUCUGUCCCGCUGUGUCGUAUUGCCACCUCGGUGAAGCUGGGCACCAAUGUGAAACUGGCAUGCAGCGAUGGCCAGGCGUCGCCCCCGCCAACCUACAAGUGGUACAAGAACGACGAGCCACUGCCCCUUGACCCCAGCAAGUUCCCCAACUUUAAGAACAUGACGUACAAACUGAACCCCAACACUGGCACACUGGUCUUUUCUCGUGUCUCCCAGAUGGAUGAAGGCCAGUAUUUCUGCGAGUCCACUAACGAAGCCGGACCUCCCAAACGAUGCGUUGCCACCAAGAUGGCCGUCUACGGGGUUAACACUGGAGGUAUUGUUGCCGGGGUGAUCAUCCUCCUUAUCCUCCUGCUGUUGCUAAUCGUUGGACUGUGGUUCGCUCAUCGUAAAGGCUACCUCACAAAGGUAAAGGAGAGGGUGUCAGGAAGCAGGCAGCAAAACUCUGCGGUCUACCGCCCGACAUCAGAUAAUGGGGACGAGGAGGAGGGGGAGUUCAAGCAGAAGUCCUCUUUCGUGGUGUAACGACAUCAUUGGACUUGGUCAUACCGUGGGGAGAGCAGCAGCAGCAGCA